UCCUCCUGUGUUGUCAUGGUGACCAGAGCGCGGGCCCCCCCGGACGGUCCACACAUAGCGCAGCACAUGGAGCUGGAUGAGACGGUAUGUCAGCGCCCCGCGUGUCCGCAUCCGCAGUGCUGGGUGACCUUGAGGAGGAUCGAACAGGGAAACCCUCGAUACCGGCCGCUCCGAUCCAUCUCCAGACGUCCCUCCCAAGAUGACGCAGGCGGACUCCCGGUCCUGAGCGUCACCACCCUGCUGAGCAGCCGGACCCCCCAGGAUGGAGGCGACAUGGGGGCGUGCAGCCCAGGAGUCCCCCCUACCACAGCCUACAGCAUUAUGGAGAAGGUCUACUUUCCAGGUGUAAAUUCAUACAGGGAUCUCAUCGCUCCUUCAAGACUGUCAGGGUCCUGCUUCUCUUCCAAGAAGUCUCAGAAGGUGCAGGUCCUUAAUCCCUCUUUUCAGAAUACAGAGAGCAGAGCUGUGACCAUGGUGUGGGUGCCGAACGCCCAGCGCCAGCCUCUGCGGACACAGGACCGAGAAAAACCUAUUAAAGUUUGGAUCAAAGAUCUUUCACUAAAAGAUCCACCGGGAGGAGCGAAAAGAGAGAAGCAAAAUCCAGAUCUGACGGUAAUAAAAAAGCAGAAGAAGCCCCCGACUGGUGGAUGUCCUGUAAAUCUGUCGCUAGUUGGGUCUUCUCCUUUACCACAUACAAAGAACGUUGUGCCAGUGAGGGAUGUGCAAGAACAUCCUGAGAAACCAUCAACGUGCCGGAGACGACUCCAGGACCAGGGGCCAAUCACUGAUUCUCCAUCUUCUCCACCUUACCGUGGGAUAAUAGCGAAGAACCGGCGGGUCGUCCUCCAUGAUACCAGAGAGAAGUGCCCAGUUGUGCUCCAUACUGGCCCAGUGUACAGACUGGACGAGCAGCGAUCUGCGUCUCCCAAUGGCACGGAGAUCAACAUAGACAGAAUCAGGAACCAGUAUUACCUGUGGAAGAAGUAUAUUCACCUCGCCGGUCCCAGCCACAGAAUCAGACCGCCAGAUCAAAGAACAAACACAACUCGCAGAUCCCACAAGUCGAUGGCUCCGGAUCAGCUCGGCCACAUCGGACUGUUCCCCCACGACCCGGAUUCUGCCCUCAGUUACUACAAGUCACAAGCCUUGGAGACCCCCACAGGGUCCGUGGUUUGCGACACAACGAGGUCACCUGACUCCGAGAGCAGAAAUUCUCCAUCUUUGGGUGGAUUUUCUCAGAGGUCCUGGACAGAUGAAGAACCUUCUAGAACACCAGAAGAGACAGACGGCCGCAAAGGAGCCGAGCAGGACAUCCCCGGAGAGAGAAAUGAAGAGGCGCAGCCGGGGACAGUGACAGAGGCCGGGGAUAUGGCUGCACUCCUCCCGGCAGAUUACAUUAGUAGCAAGUCAGAACCGAGCGAUGUCCCUGGAGACCAGGAAUCCAUCAUACCCAAUACCUCCGAUGGUCCUCCAGAAUCCAUGGGGGAAAGUACCGAUGUGCACGAAAACCCGGAGCAGGGCGCGUCUUCUCCACAACCCAACCCGCCUCCCCCCUCCCCCUUGUAUUAACAAGCUGCACUACCCUACAGUGCACUAUCCGUACAGUGUCCUGCGGUAGGUGACACCAUACAGGGCGCCUGCACAGUACCCGCGGGCUUCAUACACAGGACCUGCAGCUCUCAGGGCAUGCUGGGACUUGUAGUUUUGCAGCAGCCAGACAGCCCUAGGAUGCAGUGCUCUGCUGUAAAGUGAAUCCAUUGUGCUACACAUGUAAUGUUUCAUGUUGAACACUAGGGGGUAGCACUGUAUAACUUGAGACGCCGUACAUUGCUGAGAGCUGACUGUCCCAUUACAACGUCCCCUCUGGUCCAGCAUCUACAGUGGGCGUCCCUCUACUUUCCCAGCCUCCUCAAUGGUCAUGGGGAUGUAGGGAGAAGCAAUUUCCCUACGCGCAGGGUUUACGAUGUACCAGCCUCAGUUCAAAGCCCCUCGUGGCCGUUCGUACCUGUCAGGGAGACAAGCAGCGGGCCUCAGACCCCUUCAGCGUGAUCGAAAAGAGAAACGACCAAUCACAGCACAGCUUUCAAUUCUUAUAGGGCUCUUCAACAAUGUAAGCCGUGCUGUGAUUGGUUGCUAUGGGCAACAAGGAGAGUUUCUCUAUUAGACUGUUUUCUCAGAUCUUCCCCAUUGUCUGUAGCAAUCAGUGAUCCCUAAGGGCCCCGCUAUCGGCCCCUGUAAGUGCAGCUUCAUGGCUGUCAGGAAAUGUCCAUUUCAAAUAAAACUUG